AUGGAAUUUUUCUCUGAAGAUUCAACAAUAACUGCGGAUGAAAUUUUUGCUUCACAACCAUUGUUCGAAAUUUUAAAAACAUUUAAAGAUAGUUACUUCAAUGAACUAUAUACUUAUCAAAGUCUUGAUUUUCAUGAUGAAUACGAUGAAGUUUCGGAUGAAGAAGACAGCGCUGAUGACAAUCAAUCAACUGAUGAAGACAAUAUUGUUGAUUAUGAUAAAAAUCAAUACCUGAACAUCCAGAAUAGUUUUACAUUAGACGAGAUGGAAAACAUAGUGGAAUGGGUUGAUCGACAUCCAAAUUAUAAAUUUGCAUCUAUUAAGCAAAGGUUUCGAAAAGUCAAAUACAUGCAUUACAUUACAAGAUUUAGAGAAUAUAUUGAAGCAAAUGGGACAAGAUUAGAAAAAGUUAAAAAAAUCAAAGAAUUUAUGUGGAGUGAAUUUUAUAUGAAAAGAGCAAUUGAAAAAGAAGCAAUUCAUGAUAGUGAUCUAGAACUUUUUGCAAUUCAAAAAGCAAGAGAACUAGAUUGGGAUAAUUUCAAAGCAAGUAAUUCAUUUAUCAAGAUGUUCAAGAAAGAAUAUGGAAUUUCAUCCAGAAGAUACAACAAACUUAUUACUCGCGUUUCUUCGACCAGGAACAGUUGUAGUUUAAAGGGUAUGUAAAAACUUCACUUGAGACUUCAAUCUAUUUGUCUUAAUGCGGUAUAUAUAUGUGUAUUUCAGAUGCUCACGACUGGAUCGAAAAUCAAAGAUCUUUAAUUUCAAAAUAUUCUUCUCACGAAAUAUUAAACAGUGACCAUUGUUCAUUUCAACAGGAAUAUAUUGCUCCACGUACUCUUUCUUUCAAGGGUGAACGAACAACAGAAGUUGCUGUUAAAAAGAAGAAUUAUAUAACACACUCUUAUACCGUCCAGCCUAUUACAUCAGCUGAUGGUCGAUUAUUGGCAAAAUUCUUCCUCAUUCUUCAAGAAAAGGAAAAUGAAUUCGGUAAAAGAGUAGAGAAAAAUUUAAUCAUACCACCAAAUGUCAUAGUACGGGCUUCAAAAUCUGGAAAAAGCAGCGAUGAAAAACAUCGCACUUUUUUAGAUGAAGUCUUACGUCCUUUGGUUGGCAAAAAAUUUCUUCUUUUCCUUGAUUGUUGGACAACUCAAACUGAUCUAAAAAAAUUUAGAGCAGUAUUUCCACAUCAAGACAGUUAGUUAUUGAUUUUUCCUAAAGGAUCAACUGGUUAUAUUCAGCCACAAGAUCUAUCUUUAUUUCGUUCGUGGCGAUUUAUUCAUGAAAAAAUCGAGCAUUAUGUUCAUAUCAAUCGAACAGAAAUGAACUUGAACGAUCGUCAAUAUUUCAUAAAUUUGCACAGUAUCAUCCACAAUCAACUAUCUGCUCCACAGUUUAAAAAUCUUGUCAAGUCUGGAUUCGUACAAGCUAAGAUACUCAAUGAAACAAUUGGUGAAAUAAAAAAACCAAAGGACAUUUGUUUUAAAUUCUAUGACCUUUAUUGUUCAGUUACUAAUUGUGAGGAACGAACUCUUCUCGUUUGUGCUUGGUGCGAAAGACACCUUUGUUAUUAUCAUUUGAUUGAAGAUCUUCAUCUACAUCUAUAGUACAUCGUUUGAAAUAUUAUCUUGUAUAGGUUAUUAAUUUCAUGUAAAUAAAGUCGAUACUAUUGAUGAAUCAACGAUUUCUGUAUAUAACAAUCAAUAUAUUUCCUAUUUGAUACCAUCAGAUUUCAGAGGAACUUGCAUCUAGAUAGGUCUUAAUAUUGUCAAUAAGUCUUGCCUAGAUUUUAG